CCCUGUUGCAGUACUGCCGCAAUCACGGCGUGUCUACCACCGCUCGCUACCAGCUCUGAUAGUCGCGCAGGCCGACUACACGGCAGUGCAUCGUCACUCCAUUCUCGGGAUGCGGCGUUCGCAAGAGUCUCAACAUAGCGGAGAGCCCAGUACACGGUCUAGGCGACGGGAUAUUUCCGCGUUCCGAGACGGUCAGGUUUCCGACACAAGUUCCUGAUUUUAAGGAUUAGUUAUCUUUGUCUUCCCUUCAGGAGCUAAGGGGAUAAUGAAGGCGGGAAUAUAAUCCCACUCAUUUGUGCAUUCCGGAGUUGUUGAAAAGUUUGUUUCUUCAAUAUUGUGUUGGUAGCCGCAGCACGUGGGAUGUGGCGACAUUGUAGAUGACGACGGUAUUUAAUGAGCAGUUGUGUACCACCAAGUGAAGUUAGGGGCUGCAGUCUCCUUGUGUCCUGUAUUCCGUGCUGCUUCAGGAUAGUCAGCAUCAUGUUCGGAUGAAGUUUCCGAGUUGAAACUUACAUUUGUAUCACAGUUAGUUGUGAACAUUCAUAAAGUGUUAAAGUUAGUAAAUUCAAAUCUUAAGCCAGAGUUUUGAAGUUUGAUCCGUCAGUCCUUCACGUGUAACUCCAUUGCCCAGAAGCCGACGUGAAGGUAUUAAUAUCAAGUUCAUCAUUAAUCGUUAACUUCUGACCAGUCAUGUUCCGCGGCGUCAAAAGCGCAUUAUAAUUCACAUAACGUUUGGAGAUACAAGGCUGUUGCUGCCUACAAAGCAAUUGGCACUGUGGCUGGAGCAGGGUGUGGAACCCUUCUCGCUGACAUCCUUGCUUGGGUUACAUCCAACAGGUGCUGCAUUCUAUCACGUGUAAAGUUGGGAUCGUGCAGGGAAUUAACUACCAAGCGUCAAUACUAUUUCUAACUCCACAAAUGCGGAACUGAUUGACUUAACAUGUUAACCUAAGUUUACUUGGGCUUGACAUAUUUUUCAAGUUAUCUUCUUACAAAACGCAAAGCUUUAUAGGUUUGGACAACCUGCCAAAGAUGGAUAGUCACAAUCAACUGUAGCAACGGGGGUGUGUCUUCUUGUAUUAUAGACAAACGGCCAUACAAGCAGGUUGAAGAAGUUGAAACAUCUCUGGGUCUCGAUUAUGUGUUCUCUUCCUCUUGGUCUUUAGCACCUGAAUACCUGUUUGGAUGCUGGACAGUGGUCCUGUCCUCUGUGCUCCUACCACCGAAGACGUAUUAGAGGAUGUCGGACAUUAAAAUUCAGCUUUCGGAUAUACGGAUGUGAUCCCAGUUCAUCAAAGGGUUUUCUUGAAUUAAAAGUUUUCAAGAUGGAGGAAACGACGCCUGUGUUGAACCGCAGUGAUUGCAAAUACUACGACCCGGAGGAAGGGCCUAUUCAGCAGUGUUACAAAUCAGAUGAACACCUACUGUCAAGUAUAUAUGAAUUCAUCACUCCACAGCCCCAUGAAUGGGUAUUCACUGUCCUGUACGCCCUGGUGUUUGUGUUUGGAAUCACCGGUAAUUUCCUAGUGUGUUACGCUGUGUGGCGCAACCAUCAAUUACGGACCACGACAAACUUUUUCCUUGUGAACCUGGCAGUGGCUGAUUUUCUUGUGAUGAUGUUUUGCCUACCUCCGUCCUAUGCACAGACCCUGUUUGAAACGUGGUUCCUAGGACUUGCCAUGUGUAAAACAAUAGAAUACUACCAGACUGUGUGUGUCAUCGUCUCCAUCCUGACCCUGACUGCCAUUUCUAUAGAACGAUGGUUUGCCAUUUGCCAUCCUUUGUCUUUCAAGGAAACGAAAACACGAGUGAUCAUGGCGCUUAUUUCCAUCUGGGUGACAGCGCAACUUGCCGCAAUACCCAGACUGUUUAUAAUGACGGAGAAUAACGACCCGAUGAUACCCCGCAAUCUAACCGUGCUGCUUACAUCGUGUUCUCCUGUAGCUGCCAUGAAAACAUUUGCCUUUCACUACGAACUUUUUGUGUUUGCAACUUUCUACAUUCUCCCUAUCAUCGCUAUGGGAUAUACAUAUGCUAAAAUCGCCUUGUGUUUGUGGUCAAGCAUGAAAGCUGGGCAGCUGACUGAGGGUUCCCAAAACGCCGUCGCGUCGCAAGUGCGUGCCCGUCGUCGCAUUGCAAAGAUGUUGAUUGUCGUGGUCGUUGUGUUCAUCCUGUGUUUCCUGCCUGUGUACACCUGGAAUAUAAUCAGGAUGUCCAUACAUGACAUGGAUUACUAUAUCGGCCCUACUACUAUAUCUAUACUGACUCUGACCGGACACUGGCUCGUCUAUUUCAACAGUGCCAUUAACCCUAUGAUCUACAACUUCAUGAGCGGCAAGUUCCGGAAAGAGUUCCGUACUGCAUGUUCCUGCUGGAUUACCACGUGUGCAAGAAGGGGCAAAAGUUCGUACACCAACCACGAACUGGAACCAUUAUCCUCAAAGAGAUUUCACCUGAGCGGUCAACGAUACAGAGUGGGAGAGUAUGACUCAUCGGAUGUCAGUCGCGUAAAGACAUCAGUCACAGAAGCCUGAUACCUUCAGUCGGGAGUACAGGACAACCACAGACGGAACCGUGUGGUCCUCCAGCCUAACGCACGACCGUUCCGGUAAUAUACUUGGUGUAAACAGGAAGAUACAAUGCUGAAGUGUGUUUCGAGGAUAAUUGAAGUAUCGUUUUCCAUAAGGAGAGAACAUGAUGCACUUGUGACAAACGUAAAGAAGGUUCUCAUUAAAAGUCCAGUUUGUGAUCGAACUGUCGUCCACACACCCAUAAAACAAUUGACGUUGCUCAAUGUACAUUUUACCCUGUCGACUGAAAUGCGUACGGCCAUAGGUUCAUUAAGGAAGUGCCUGUAUCUUUCUGAAACAGAGAAUUACCGGUCGAUGGAACCAGUAAAGAAGAGGCCUAUACUUGAAUCCGCGAACGAACAGGAAUGUGUGACAAAGGUACAUUAUCAAUUCACUAUAUCAUAACAUUGUAUCUGUAGUGAUAAGUGAGCAUGCCCUAAGAACGAUAUUUUGACAGUGCUACUGGUCCGACUGACGAACUAGGCAGAUAUUUCUUAAAUACGCGAUACGACAGGGAUGGUGUUCGAGAUAAUAUAAUCAAAAAUCCAAUUUUCUGCACCUGGUGAGCCCUUCAUCUUGCUUUGAUGUGAUGCUACAUAGCUGCAUCUUCACGUGUAUAUUGAACAUAUAAACAAAACUGUAACCCACUUUUCGUUAUUGUAUAUAUGGAUUAUGAUUGUGUGAAAACCUGCUGCACUAAUACAUGGGCUACUCAUAUAAACUACUGACGGAAUAUAAAAACCCCUCAAAAGUAACUAUCAUAUACAAAGAUAAAGAGAGGCAAAGUGAAGCGUUUUAUGUGCAUGGGAUCAACAAGAAUGCUACACAAUUCUAGCGUCCUUCACACUGCUGUAACUCAUAUUCAAAGAGGGAUGAAUAUAGCCAGACAAUUCGCUUCGACAAACAAAAAUUACCAGGGAGAGUUACAAACAAACAAAAACUUAAGAAACAAAUAAGAUAUUUCGAGGGGGUCAUUCGCCAAGCAAAAUUCUAGGGCACUGUUAAGUAGAAGAAAUUAGAGGACGUUUGAAUUGUGUGCUUCUAAAAAUAUUAUAUUAAAGGUAUGUCACAUUUGUCUUUGCCUCUAUAUUGGUGUUCCUGUCAAGAGGAUUAAUGUGAAGUGGAACGAUUUACAUGUAAAAUGAACAAACGUACGCGUCAUUUGGUUCGUUAAUCAUUGUAAUCUAUAAUGCACUCCAAUUAAUGAAGUGGGGUGGUCGGGGAGCCUAGUGGUUAAAGCGUUCGCUCGUCACGCCGAAGAUCAGGGUUCGAUUCCCGACAUGAGCACAAUGUGUAAAGCCCAUUUCUGGUGUGCCCCGCCGUGAUAUUGCUGGAAUAUUGCUAAAAGCGGCGUAAAACAAUACUCAUUCACUUAAUUACUAAAGUUUCUAUGUUUGACGUCAUUACAUGAUAAUCACAUCGUUUUGCUAUAGAACUAUAUAUCCUGCACAACACGUGCAAGCAAUACACAACAGGACCAUGCUUCAGUGUGUAUAAUAAUACCGCCAUAUAUAUAUGUUGGUAAUGAAUAACAAUCAUUGUUGUCUUGUGACGUCACGGUUUGCUUUCGUACAUCGGUUAAUGACCAGUGUUUUUCUGCAGGUCGCUAAAUAUGACAUUUACAGAGACACUAAUUAUGUACAUAUGUUGAUAAUUUUACAGGUGUGGGACAUUCGUAAAAGUCUGAACCAUGAACUUCAAACGAUUUAUAGAUAUUGGUAUGUACAAAAUGGAAACGUAUUAAUGUUUUGUUGUUAAAGGUUUACCUGUCUGAACUUCAACGCUGUUUGCUAGCUUUUGUAAGCGCAUUGAGUCAUGUUGACAAUUAAAUCCAAGCUAUUUUAUCGUUCAAAUGUAUUUUUCUUGGAUAUAUACGCGUUCAGUGAAAUGUGACAGUUUCGUUUGAAUGUAACCGUGCGAUAUAUUUAUUAAACCGUUUAUGAAAA